UGGACGCGGGGCAGUCGAGCCAUUUGAAGUUGUCACUGUUUUUCUUUGACAUUGCAUUUCCAGCCUAACUUAUGGCGUUGACGUAGUGACGUUUACAGAUAUUGUGUCUUAAGUUGGCCUCCUUGUAAAAACGUUGCUCAACGAACGUGACUCUUCACGUUACGCGGCCUUAAAAAUCCGCCUCCAACAGUAAAGUAGCUUCUGUGUGCCUCACAGGAGAUUCCCUGUGGAAUGAAAUGGCAUCUAAAGGAGCUGCGUCCAGACUGCGGACAGGGAGGACGCCGAAAAGAGCUGACAAAUCACCCCACAACUUUGUGGAAAGACUGCCAUGUGAGAUCCUGAUUAAGAUUCUAUCAUCGCUGGAUGCCUCGGCUCUUUUCAGCAUGAGCCAUGUCAGUAAGCUCUUCUACCAGCUUGCCAAUGAUAAUGCUCUGUGGAACAAGAUAUACACGGCGGAGUUUGGCAAAAAUGGGAAGUGUCGACGCAAGUGCAUGGACAAGCUGCUGCUGAAGAUGGCCUCGGUGGAGCUGCGGGAUUGUGCCGCAGGCCACUGGAAGUGGCUGUUCUUCACCACUGUAGGAGUGUGUGAACUGAACAAGUGGAAAAGAAACCUCGGACUCAUCAGCCAGUACACCGGGCUGCCCAGUCGAACAGAGUGGGCUCUCAGAAACUUGCACGUCACCUGGGAGCUGACGGUGUCAGAUAAGUCGGGGCAGGAGAACACAUUAGAGCUGAGCCGCUCUCAGUUCUGCGAGACGUCGGCGUAUCUGUGCUGGGGCGGAGGAGACUGCUUGCCCAACUACCAGCACAUUUCCACUCUUCAACUUCAUGGUGUCAGGAGGAUCAACCUCAUCUGCCCUGGCCUAAAAAGCCCUGGCUGGAGGUCCCUCAUGGCCAAGUUGGACAUGCAGACUUUAACUGAAAGUGCGGAGGUCAUUGGUCAGGACCAAUUGGUUGAACUGAAGCUGUUACAUCCUGGAGUCGUCAUUGGUACCUGGAGGGACCAGAGCUCCAUUGCCUUCAUCAUGUUCACCCUUCACUUCCACAAGCUGUUGGAGAGAAGCAUCCAGGGAUCAUCUGUCUGGAGACGAAAGCCUCAGCGGACCAGCCCCUAUUUGGAACUAAUGGCCAAACCCCCUAGUGAUGAUGCAGACCCCGAAUACGGUCUCCAUGGUUACCAACUACACAUUGUUCUCCACAACACUGUAUGCUCGCUCAUGUCUGGAAGCUUUUCCGAGCUCUUCUGCCUCAGAUCUCAGAUCAGUGAUGCACACAUCGAGCUGACCGCCAUUAGCAGGACAAACCUGUCCCAACACACACCUCUGACAGGAAGCAUCACCCUGCCAUGGAGGUGUGAGGUCCUCAAAUCUGCAGUGGAGAAUUGCUGCAUAAUGAGUGUGACUGUGCUGGAUGAAUUCAGGAAGCCCUUCUGGUGUGUCAGCUCUCCUGUUUUCAUGGAGCCGGGAAACGCAGCGGUCUCCUAUGACUACGACGGUGAGCACUUCCUGAUCCACUAUCGAGACUCUGACGGUCGGGUGAAGAUAGAACUCGCGUGGGUGAAGGAACAGAGGCAGUACGUCGUCAUCGGUUUAGUUGUCUACGUCAGUGUUUCUAAAGUCAACGAGCAUUUCGGCAGAGAUUACUGAGUUUUGAGGAUUUGAAUCAUUACUUCAGGAAGAAUUUAAGCCUGUGUGAUGCCCUCAGUUCCACACAAAGCUUUUCCAUGGCAACUCAGGGAUAAUUAUACUGUUGUCUGGCUAUUAUUAUAUUUAUUUAUCAGAGGGAAGUACCCAGACCAGAGCAUUCACCUAGUGACGUCCAUUCAUGUAAAAUACAACAUGGGACAAAAGUGAUUUGUUGUGAUUUUGGAUCUUUCUUUGUUCUUGGCCUCUGGCUCAGUAUAUUUAUUGAUUUAGAGCAUUUUGUAUUCACACAAAUGUGGCCGUUCAGAAACGUCUUGUUAUCUUAAUUUGCCUUUAAAUACUCGAGCAAUCAACAUCGUCAAAUAAAUGAUUGUGAAGUGCUCUAAAAUUUGA